GAGAGAGCGUGUGUGUGAGAGAGAGAGAGAGAGAGAGAGAGAGAGAGAGCAGAGUGCGCGCGAGAGAGUGACGGUGCCUAUACUUUGUAGUUGCAGAGCCCCGCGUGAGACAGGUGAGAUGAUGCUGCUCGGGUUUUCAAAUUUGCAGAUGCCGACAGAUGUGCCGACAGAAGACGACAGAAGGCUCCACGCGGAGGAGGACGAGAGCAAGUGUGACAGCAUGACUCUGUCCAGCACCCCGACUGUCCGCAGAGGCAGCACCCCUCUGCCCAUCAAACACCAGCUCAGACGAGAAGAAGCCGUCCACGAUGACUGCGACUGGGCGUCGGGAGUGGCAGGACCCUCGGCGUCUCCGAUCAGAUUCACCCCGGCGCUGGACGACACCCUGACCAUUUCUGUGGAGAGCCGACCUGAGGGGCCUCUGAGGGUCGCCCUGCUGGGGCAGAACGGCGUGGGGAAGUCGUCUCUGGCCCUCGCUUUGGCGGGGGACAUGGACCGUGCUGCGUCUGUGGAUUCUGAAGGGGAGGGUUACAUACGCACAGUCACCGUGGACGAUGAGGACAGCACCAUCAUUAUCUAUGACAACUGGAGACAGGAUCUGUCGGCUCUGCUGUGUGAGGUGUGCGUCCUCGUCUUCUCUGUGACUGACAGGCGGAGUUUCCAUCGCACCGCUCAGCUGAGACUCCUCCUGAGAGAGAAUCAGCCCCAAACGCCCAUCAUCCUCGUCGGUAAUAAGAGCGACCUUGUUCGCACACGUGAGGUCACCGCUCAAGAAGCGAUGUCCAGCGCCGCCCUCUACAACUGCCUCUACCUGGAGAUCUCCGCCUCUCUGGACCACCGCACACCCGAGCUCCUGGAGUGCGCCGUUCGACUAGCGAGGGGUCAGCCCCCGUGGCCCCCUGGAGCCACCGCGGAGGACAUGAUGAGCGGCGGCCAACGCGAGAGCAUGACCACCAAGGCCAAACGCUUCCUGUCCAGCCUGGUGCCCCGGUACCCGAGAGAGCGAGAGGUGGGCAAGUUCCUGAGGCAGAAGUCCCGCUCGUGCCACGACCUGGGGGCGCUGUGAUUGGACGACGACGGAAGGUUGAUGGUUAUAUUGUUGAGAGAAAAGAAUACCAACUAAGAGAGUGAAUUGAAAAAAAGACAGAGUGAAGGAAACUGAGAGAUGGAAGGACAAUGUCCGAGGGAGCAGAAGAAACAGGGAGAUGUUAGUGAUGUUUUUCUGUUAGGUAAAUAUAGAUAUUUUGUACACUAGAGUAAACAUAGAAGAAGAAAUAGUGUUGUAAAUAAAAUAUAGAAGUGAUGCAUAAAUACUGCCUUCAAAGCUUUGACAGAUUAAUAAAUUUCUUUUUUUGAGUCUUGAGAAACCUGCUGCAUUUCUGCCUUUUUUUAAUCCGGUGGAUGCAUUCAACACAUUUAACUGAGACAAAGUCAUGACCACGCACAUCCACGAGUCAUUAGUGUGGUUAGAUUUUGUUGAUGAUUCAUGUUGUGCUCCUUUUACUUUCAGUACAUUGUGGUUUCCAUGAGGAUGGGAAGCGGUGAAUAGUAAAAAAAAUGCCAGCGAGGAGAGGAGAGACUUAAGAGAUAACACCAUACUUAGAGAGCAGAACAGGAGAAGUGGAGGCACAUAUUGUAUAUGGAGGGGUUGUUGCCAUGCUACAGUUGUCAAGGAGACCUGCAUCACAUAUGUGCAUACACCUGUGCUCUGUAUGCAGCGUAGAGAUUUCAGCGAAGGCUGAUUUUGUGCAGUAAAUUGUAUUUUCUGAACACAAACAUUAAAAAAGCAGAGGAUUUUUCAGCCUCCCUGCUCUCUCUCUCUCUCUCUCUCUCUCUCUGUCUCUCUCUACACUCAGCACUUCCAUCCUCCUACUCACACCCACACGUGAACAAAGAUUUAGCACAUCAUCACAGGUCUUUACACCCAUCAUUUGUUAUCAAAGGCAGAGCUGUGCUAUAAUAGAAGUGGAAAAAUAAAAAUGUUGGCAUGAUA